AUGGAUCCACUCUCGUUCGGGGCGAGUGUGAUCGCCAUCGCAACACUUGCCACUCAAACUUGCUCCGCUCUCUCAGACCUACGGGCGCUUUGUGAAAGCUUACCAGGGCGCCUUCAUGCGGUCAACAAUGAAGUCGCCGAUCUCAACCUUGUCCUUCUCCAGGUCUCCUUGCUCGUCAAAAGCCGAGCGUUCUUACCCGAAACGAAGUUCUCAGCUAUCCCCCAUCUUUUGCACCAAGCGAAUAAAAAGCUACUUGAAAUCAAAGACAUUGUUUGUGAGCUGACCAUGGCCUGCCGCGCGUCAAGAAUGUCGAUUUCCAGGGCGCAUGCUUGGCGAAAAGAACAAAGCCGCCUGCAGGCUCUUCAAGAGGACAUUAGGACGGUGAAGGCCAAUCUAAACGUCAUGCUUGGUGCCUCAAACUCGCAAGAUAUGACAAAGAUCCGUUUGGAUAUCGAGGCAAUCUCGGCUGUCACAUUUGAAUCUUCGCAACAGCAGCUUGCUCUAGAAAGCAACUUUCUGAAUGGACUUGCUGCUGUCGAUCAACGUAUAGCCAGAGUUGAGGAGAUGCUACUGGCCCAGUCACAUCAAGUCCAAGCAAGCCAGUUUACCCAAGUUGGAUCGUCGUACCAUAUGUCCACUCCUCGAACGCAGCGUCCACCCUCAGUUGAAAGGAAUACACCCCUGGCGGCGACAAGUUCCGAAGUGAUAGGCAUUCGUGUCGCUCCAUUUUUCGUUACCUGCCGCUCGGGUUGCCCAUGUUCUUGUCAUUCGCAUCAGAAGGCCACAAGUCCCGCACUCGUCAACCGUGUUUUUGGUCAGCUUUUCGUUGGCUACGCCGGACUCCCUUAUUUCAGCCCAAAAUGUAAUACACACACAUGCAAUAAAUCACGGGCAAGGCAAGUCAGCCUUGAAUACUGGUUUCCCUUCGCAUUUCUGUCGUCUGCAAUCGUGCGACUGCAAGUUGGGUUCCAGCCCAACGUGGGAACAAUGCUACACCUCGAUACGUUACGGAGGGUACCUGACACCGCACAAUGCGUUAGCUUUGCAUUGAACGGAAACAUCGAUGGUCUGAAAUAUCUCUUCAGCAGAGGAUUGGCUUCUCCCCGUGAUGUCAGUACCUCUCGCGGGUAUUCGAUUCUUCGGUGGGCCCUCUACGGCAAACAGUAUGAGACAUGCGAAUUUUUGAUCCACGCAGGUGCAGACGCGGACUACAGACCAAUCUCUGCCAGUGACAAUAGCCCAAGAAAUAAAGCAUGUCAUUUCCUUCUGGAAGGUGGACUUUCUGAGACUGCCGUUGGUGCCCUCCGCAUCAUCGCCAAAAACGGUUAUCUUGAAGAUUUCAUAGACGAAGCAAGAUUUACGAAGACCCAUAAGAUUGUCCUUAGCUUGUCAAUGUUGAGUCUCGAGGACGAGAUAACCCAUAGCCCGCAGGAUAUCAAUGCUGUUGAUGCCAUGGGUCGCACUGCGUUGGCCUGGGCAGCCGCUCGAGGGGAUACGCGAGCCAUUGUCACACUCCUUAGUCACGGCGCAGAUCCGAACAUCGUGGAUGUUCAAUUGUCAGGUCCUCUCUCAAAUGCUGCUUCCCAGGGUCACACUGUUGCCGUUCGUCUACUCCUAGAGGCGGGAGCACAACCAGACUUAUGCCAUCCUAGCGGUGAAAGGAAAGGGAGUCCACUCAAUUGCGCUACCCGAAACGCUACUGAUAUUCUGCUUCUGAAAUCACUACUAGACUUUGGCGCAGAUGUGGAUGCAAGUGGAAAUGACGGGAAGACCGGUCUUAUUCAUGCGGCAAGGAUUGAUAAUGCUGGGUUUGCUAUGCUAUUAUUGGAAUAUGGCGCAAACAUCAACUCGGUGUCGACUGAGGGAUCAACUCCUUUGACCACCGCAAUUAUAUACAACAGUCAUAACGUCCUACGAUUGUUUCUCGAUCGGUGGCAUGAGUACUCCAUCUGCCCCCGGAUGAAGGGACCCAACCUCCUCCAGACUGCGGCACUAUACGCUGACCCUACCACGCUCCAGAUUCUGGCGGCGACGGAUCAUUUCCGAAUGAAGUACGACAAACAAUACACUCUUGGUGAUUUUGGGGAUCACCUAAAGCAGCGUCCGGAUUUCACGGAAAAAUUGGCAUUGGCAUUUGAUGGACUACUAAGUAUCGUUAACCAGGUGCCAGAACUGAGGAAGGGCACCUCUCCGACACUUGCUGACUCUGGAUUUCUGACUUGGUGUCUGACUCGAACCAACUCAGACUUUGAUGAGUUGCAGGAUCCUGGAAGCGCUUGCAGCUCUGAUGGGAGCUUUCAUGAUGCAAUUGAAAAGCAUCCACUGGUUACGGACAGUUUUGUUGCCAUAGAAUAA